AUGCCCCCUCCAGACCCCCGCCUCAAUGGCGCCACCCACCACUACAACCGAGAAGAGAUCAUCGCAUUAAUCUUCUCCUUCUACCAAUUCCUCACCACUCUUCCCUCCUUGGGCCCGGAGGAUAUCCGCUACCCUCCACCGGGUGGCUGGCCCGAUAUCACCAAAGAGAGUCUGGUCUUCGCGCGUUCCGAGCCCAAAACGGAUGAAGUGGUCGCCCUCCUCCGACAUUUGCCGUACAUCGAUAUGACCCUCAAGAAGACGGGUCAUGACUACUGCAUUGCGGAUUGGACACGCCCUUGCGACUGGCGGGCGGGCUGGAACAGAUGGUAUGAUCCCAACGAUGAGGAUGGCGUGUUUCCGUCGUGGGUGAUCUCUUUGACAUACGGGGAGAGUAAGGUGGGGCACUGGAUCAUGUUGGCUACGAGUGAUGAAACGGUAUCAGACUACGUCCGCUUCAAAUGGGAAUACCCCCCAAACUACCCCGCCGACGACCCGCGCAGCUGGCGAGAUCGGCUAUGCAUUGACGAGACCAUGACCCUGGCAUUCAAACACGAGAAGUGGAAGAACAACUAUCUUCGUCUCGAGUGGAUGCCGCCGGUGACAACCAAGUAUGUGGUUUUUGGUGACGAUGAAUACGGCGAGCUAUCAACAGCAGAUGCACAAAGAAAUGCAGCUAAUGAGAUUCAUUCCCUUGAGGAUGCGGUCGCAACAGUUCCUGCUCUCCUCUCACAAAGAUACCACACCAUAUCUGCCAGCUGUGACAUACGGGCGUCCUUGUUGCGAGAGAACACAAGGGACAGACAGCUUGGAUUAUUAAUACAUCUUAAGAUAGUACUUAUAGAUAGCCACCUCCUUAUGUGUGAGCUAGGUGAGGGUCUGAACUGCUAUAUCACAUACCAGCUACUAGACAUUAAGAUUCUGGGCAUGUAG